AUGUCACAGUCAAUAGCCCCACCCAACCAAGGGUACCCUGACCAUGCAAUUGCCGUGGUGGGGAUGAGCUGCCGGCUGCCGGGGGCCCGCAGCCCGGAGGAGUUCUGGACCCUCCUGGCGGCAGGACAGUGCAUGGCUAGCGAGCCUCCCAACACCCGGUUCCCACUCAAAGCCCACUGGCGGAGUGAAGACCGCUUGUCUACGGUCCAUGGCAAUUUCCUCGACGAGGUCGACACCUUUGACCACCGAUUCUUCGGCCGAUCGAGUCGAGAGGCGGCCACUAUGGACCCGGCGCAGCGCCUCCUCUUAGAAGCCACCUACCAUGCCCUGGAGAGCUCCCACUACUUCCGGCCCGGCACCCAGCCCGAGACCAACGUGGGUUGUUAUAUCGGGGGCUUUGGAUCGGACUACAACGACAAUCUGGCGGCUCAUCCGCCGAGUGCCUUCGCUGCGCUUGGCAGUCUCCGGGCCUUUCGCAGCGGUCGCAUCAGUCAUUUCUUCAACUGGACCGGGCCCUCCAUGACCCUCGAUACCGCGUGCUCCUCCUCCGGGGUCGCCAUUGAUGCCGCCUGCAAGGACCUUCUUUUGGGCAACUGCACGGCUGCCCUUGCUGGGGGGGUCGAGGUGAUGACAAGCCCGUACCUCUAUCAGAAUCUAGCGGGGUCAUCCUUUCUCAGCCCAACCGGUAGGGCGGCUCCCUUUGAUGCCGAAGCGGAUGGGUACUCGCGUGGGGAAGGAGUCGGCCUCGUCUUCUUGAAACGCUUGGACUUCGCUCAGCAGGUCGGUGAUCCCAUCCUUGGGGUCAUCUGUGCAUCGUCUGUCCGACAGAUCAGCAACGAGGUCCCCAUUACCACCCCAGAUCCGGCAGCCCACCGGGCCUUAUAUGGGCGUCUGCUCACAGUGGCAGCGAUGAAACCGCACGAGGUCAGCUAUGUGGAGGCCCACGCAGCCGGGACCCGGGUCGGUGACAUCCCCGAAUAUCAGGCAAUUGUUGAGGUGUUCGCUGGGCCCAGUCGUGAGGCGGCCCCCAUGUGCCUCACCUCUGUCAAGGCCAACAUCGGACACACGGAGGGGGCGUCCGGAGUGGUAGGCCUGAUCAAAGUGGUCCUUAUGAUGCAGCAUCGCCAAAUCCCACCUCAGGCCAAUCUGAAACAGCUCCAUUCGGAAAUCGACCAGUCGCGGGAUCACAUCAUGAUUCCACGCCAGAUGCAACCGUGGCAGGCACAGCCCAUGGUGGCCUGUUUGAACAAUUUUGGUGCGGCAGGGAAUAUCACAGCGAUGAUUGUCAAACAGCCUCCCACUCAUGAGGCCGGUAACCCGGACACAAGGGUGGCGACGUAUCCGGUAUGUAUUACCGCUCACAGUGCAGACGCUCUAGAACGAAAUUGCAAGGCAGUCAAGCAAUGGCUUCAGAGUUCGGGAGCGACGGCUGGAGGAAGUAUUCAAGAUGUUGCAUUCAGCCUGGCAGGCAAGAUGAACCUUCAACUCCGGUAUCGGUGGUCAGCGACGGUCCAAACCCUGCCUGAGUUGAUACAGAAACUUCAGACUGUGGGGAAUCCGGUCGCGUUAGAGUCACUCGGUCGGCCUAAGAGUACCAAACCCGUGGUCCUCCUGUUCUCUGGGCAGACAGGCAUCACCGCGUCCGUGGACCGCAUCCUUUACGAGACCUGCAGUCAGUUCCGGUAUCAUCUUGAUGAAUGUGCUCGUGCCACCAGUGCUGUAGGUGGGAUGUCACUGUAUCCGGCGAUCUUCGAGGACAUUUCAUGCCACGAGCUGGCUACCCUCCACGCCAGGAAGUUUGCCAUCCAAUAUGCAUGUGCGCGAGCAUGGAUCGAUAGUGGCCUUCGGGUUGCGCGAAUGCUGGGGCACUCAAUCGGCCAACUAGUUGCGUUGUGCGCCUCGGGUGCAUUGUCACUGCAGGACGGACUGAAGCUGAUCAUUGGGCGAGCACGAUUGAUCGAGAAUAAAUGGUCGGACGAUAAAGGGGCGAUGCUUGCAGUACAAGCAGCGUACCCUCAGGUGCAUGCGGCUCUGCUACGGUACAACGAUCUGGAAAUUGCCUGUUACAAUGGGCCCAACAGCUACAUUGUCGCCGGGCCCGAGGCAUCAAUUCAGAACGCGGUAGACGACAUGCAGCGGCAGCAGAUUCGGCACAAGCGUCUGAACGUCACGCAUGGUUAUCAUAGCCGGUUAACAGAGCCCGUUCUGGAGGAUCUUCACACUCUCGCCUCUGAGCUGACUUUCCUCCCGCCACGAGUCCAUCUCGAGCCCUGUUCGGACAGUCAGCGUUGGGAUCUACCCACGCCAGGCCUUGUUUGCCAGCAAACACGAGAGCCGGUCCACUUUCAAGCUGCAGUUGAGAGGAUAGUCAAUGAGCUUGGUCCCUGUGCAUGGCUGGAAGCCGACUUGGGCUCUAUGGCGGUCCAGAUGGCAUCUGCCGCCGUCCCGGAGGAGAUGCGCAAGCAUCACACUUUCCUCCCAGGACGCGCCUCAGAUCCGCAAUCUCUGGGUGACAUAACCAGAGGCCUCUGGGAGGACGGGCAGAAUGUGGGUUUCUGGUCUUUCCAAGGUUCUGCGAGUCGCGGAUACAGGCUCCUGACUCCGCCAAUGUACUCGUUCACGAAAUACCGACACUGGCUUGGGUGGAAGGAGUCAACCACGGCAUCGAAGCCUGGAUCUCCGACAGAAGAGAAAGUCCAACUGGUGAGCGUGGAACGCUAUCAAGAUCACAAGACGGGGGAAGAGUGGAGCCUGAGAAUUGACCCCCGAGCCCCUGAAUGGGCUUUACUGGUUGAUCAACAUGCCGUCUUCGGUACGGGCGUUUGUCCCGCCUCGCUCUAUGUCGAGACUGUGAUGCGCGCAGCGCGGCUCAUUUCACCCGCGCAAAACGGAUUGUCGGCACAAAUUGGGGUCGUGGAGGGUCUCCAAAUUUCCAGGCCGCUUGGCCGAAACAAUGGCAAGAAGCUCAAGCUGGCCAUGCAACGACAAAAUGGGAGGACUCCGCCCUUGUGGGAUUUUACCUUCUACGUGGAGCCGGACAUACGCAGUGCAACAGGGCGCAUUCGCUUUGCCGAAAACGACAAAGAUCUCGUGCAGCGGACCUCCGACUUGAUCACUUUAGAUUCCGCCUGUCAGUCCAUCAUGGCACACAAUCAGCCUAGUGACCAGACCUGUGAUAUAGGUGGGGAUGUGCUCUACCGUUUAUUGGCACCAGUGGUGACCUAUGGAAAUGUCUAUAAGCUCAUCCGGCGCUGGCAUUGGGCCCCUCAGUAUGCCAGAGCUCACCUUCAAUUGUCUCGAGAUUCUUCCCUUCUCCCUGACUCGGAGCUGAUCCCGCCCGUGAUGUUGGAGGGGUUGUUACAAGUAGCUGGGGCACAUACCAACCUCUUCCGCAGUCCCAGUCAGACUCGAGAAAUGGGAAUCUACCUCUGCGCACGGGCGAGGUGCAUCCAACCCAGUCUUCAACUCUCCUGGGAGUCCUGCCAUGCAGGCUGGCAGGUGGUGGCGUGGACAAUCAGGCAGGAUGCCACGUCGAUAGAGUACGACAUCCUGGCCUUCAUCCUUGAGACCGGUCAGCUGGCCCUAACUGUCUAUGGGGUUGAGUUCCGUCACUCCCCAGCUGGAUCGCUUGAGAAAGCCCUUGCCUCGAUGUUGGCAGCAGCCCCCAGCCCCACCAUGACGAGGUCACCAAAGGCCGAGCGCGAGGAACGAGUCGGAGGGCCCGGUGUGCCGGACGAAGCAUCUCCACCCGAUCUGACCGUCGAUGUUGGGGCACGGGUCAAAAGAAUCCUGGGCAAUCUGGUCAACGACCCCCUCAAUGGGCUAUCAGCCACCACUACCCUCCAGAGUAUUGGUGUAGACUCGUUGGGGAUCAACGAACUGCGACAGAAGAUCAAGGAACUAUACAAUGUGGACAUUGCUGCCAGCAACAUUGGCGUGCAGACAUCCCUGGAGACUCUAUACCGCUGUGUGCGAGCCCAGGUUGCUCCGCCGUCGCCGCUGUCUCGCACACCAUUACUUUCGCGCUCAGAGAGCUUUCCCCACAGCGAGGAAACCCCCUCUUGUUCUGAAACACACUCCGAGGCGCGAGCUUCCGUAGCCGAUCGAUUGCAGCGACUAUUAGAGGCGCAUCUGGGCCCGCUUGAGCUCACUGAGCCGGCAGCCACGCUGACCGAUUUGGGUGUUGACUCGUUGCUCUUUCAGGAGUUCAUGGGAGACAUCGAGAAAGAGUUCUGCUGCUCCAACGCCAAAGUACAAAUCCAACGUGCCACCACGUUUUCCGACUUGUGUGACCGCCUAGGAGGUGACCAGAUUCAACUAGGUCCUGGGCAGUCGCUGUCAACCAGACGGGUUAUUAUCCCCGAGGACAGGUCACAAGCGAGUCCUCGGCAUGGGGCUUGGAAACCACAGAUCACUUUCAAUCAUAUACAGAGCCGCUUUCCGGGGCUAGCGAGGCAGAAUGGUUGGCUUGGGUAUUGGGAUAACGUGCACCCCUUGCAGUUUCAACUAACCGUUGCCUACGUCCUUGAUGCCUUUGCCCAGCUCGGCUGUGAUCUGCGUACGAUGGAACCUGGACGUGGCGUGCCCUCCAUCCAGGUGAGCUCGGGACACGUUAAGCUCAAGCCUGCUCUGUAUGAGAUCUUACAGCAUGCCGGGGUCAUCGAUGCGGUUGGCCGCACCGAGUACAUUCGCUCCGACAAGAAUGUCAUCAUGCCCUCAUCGUCUUCACUGUUUGAAGAGAUAAUGGAGAAGCAUCCGCAGCACCGUUUCGAGCAUGAGCUCCUUCAUCUGACGGGCACAGAUCUAGCUGGUCUAAUCUCUGGCCGCAUUGACCCUUUACAGCGACUGUUUGGCAGCCCCAAGAACCGGCAGCUGUUGACUGAAUUUUACGGUGACGCUCCCAUGUUCCGCACUACAAACGAGCUGUUGUGCCAAUUUGUCAAGGAGCUGGCGAUGAGCCCGGGCUCACCCCGUCCCAUUCGCAUCCUCGAGCUCGGCGCUGGAACCGGUGCAUCUACUGUCCCCUUGCUCGAGACGUUAUCCGACUCCGGCGUCCCAUUUCAGUAUUGCUUCACUGACAUCUCGAGCUCGAUGGUAGCGACCGCCCAACGUCGGUUCAAGGCCUACCACGACUCGAUGGAGUUUCUGAUCGUCGAUGUCGAGCAGCCCCCGAAGCCUGACCUUCUGGGGCGAUUCGACCUCAUUGUGUCCACCAACUGUGUACAUGCCACACGUAACCUCCAGGUAUCGCUCUCGAACGCGCGUCAGAUGCUGCGACCCGACGGACUGAUCUGCCUGAAUGAGAUUACCCGGCGGCUGUUCUUUAUGGAUUUGAUCUUCGGUCUGCUGGAGGGCUGGUGGCUGUUCGACGACGGGCGUUCGUACGCGUUGGGGUCCCCCGCCACGUGGGACAAUGCUAUGCGCGGUGCAGGAUUUCAGCAGGUUAUGAUAAGUGACGGGCCCAGCCCGGAAGCGCAGACGGUUCGACUGAUCUGCGGAUUCGCCUCGGAGUGCGACCAGAUUCCAACUUAUUGCCCCCCUUGUGAGGUGGAUUGUGAAACCCUGGUUUGGAAGACCGGCAAGCCGCAUCUCUCGGCGGAUAUCUACUACCCUCCCCGGCUUCAGCUGGGGCCUGCGUACAAGUAUCCUAUGGCUCUUCUCCUGCACGGGGGUGCAAACGUCAUGCUGUCAAGAAAGCAUGUUCCCCAAGAUCAGAUCCAAUUCCUCCUCAGCCAGGGAAUCGUCCUGGUGAGCGUCGACUUUCGUCUUUGUCCUGAAGUAAACAUCCUUGAUGGGCCGAUGACCGACACGCGGGAGGCCCUGCAGUGGGUGCGCACGCAACUGCCGCAACUUACACUCAAACACCGUGGUCUGUGCCUGGAUGGCGAUCGUGUGGGAGUCAUUGGCUGGUCCUCUGGAGGCACCCUUGCGCUUUUGCUCGGCCAAGCAUGGGAUAUUCCAGGAUAUCGACCUCCCGAAGCCAUUGUUUCUUUCUACUGUCCCACCGACUUCGAAGACCCGUACUUCACCACGCCCCGCGAGCUUCCGGCGCAAGCCUCACGCAAGGACGGCGAUCCUACUAUCCUCGACGACGUCCAAUCUCAGCCGAUAAGCGGCCACGAUUUCAACCACGAGGACAUCGUCACCGCAUACGCGCUGGCCGCCCGCAGCCCCCGCGCGCGGAUCUACACGCAUAUGCUUCGUCAUGGGCAGACCCUUCAGAUCUUUGCCAACGGACUGCCACCUCGCAGUGCGAUCCCCAACACCGAGGAGGCGAUCAAUUCCAUUCUCUUCGCCCCGCCGCCGCCCACGGAUCGGAUUCGGCAGUUCAGCCCCUAUGCGGCUGCCUCUGCGGGCAAGCAUCUUUCUCCGACCUAUCUUCUCCAUGGAAAGAGUGAUCAGCUGGUUCCGUGGACACAGGCGCUGAGGAUGCACGAGGCGCUGCGAGAGCAGGGGAUCGCGACGGAGAUUGCCCUACCCGCGGAUGGGUUGCAUCUGUUUGACCUCGGGGCAGGCGGACCGGCUCUCGAUCGCAUGGUUGAAGAAGCGUACCGUUGGUUGGCUUCCUUCCUGCGUGCGUCCGGUUAG